AUGUCUCAUCAUGAGCCUCAAUCAUACUGCGAGGCUAGUUCUAACCCCAUUUGGCAACAAGCUAUGGCAGAAGAAUUACAGGCUCUUACACAAGCUUAUACCUGGGACAUGGUUGAUCUCCCUUCUGAUAAAACUAUUGUUGGUAUUUUUGCACUCAAAAAUUUUCUUAGUCAUCAGUUUGAUAUGAAGGAUCUUGGGUGCCUCAAUUAUUUCCUCAGCUUGGAGAUUCUCUCUUAUUUGGAUGGCUAUUAUCUCUCCCAAGCCAAGUAUUCCACUGAUAUUCUUGCCCUUGUUGGACUCACAGAUUGCACAACAGUUCCCACUCUACUUGAGACUAAUGUCAAUCUCAUUUUUCUAUAUGGUACACUCCACAUUGAUGCUACAUUAUAUCGAUACCAGUUUAUAUCUGCACCUCGUUCUACUAAUUAUACUGAUGUACUACGCAUCAUUCGAUACAUUAAAGGGACUAUGUUUCAUAGCCUUUAUUUUUCUUCUCAUUCUUCACUUGACUUACGCGCCUGCUCUGAUGCUGAUUGGGCAGAUAUGGGUGUUUCUCAUUCUACCGACACUGUUCUCUACUGUGAUUAUCAUAGUGCUAUUUAUAUUGCUCAUAAUGAUGUCCUCCAUGAAUGCACAAAAAAUAUUGAAAUUGAUUGUCAUAUUGAGUGUCACCAUGUUGCUCAAGGCACUGUACGUCUUCAUUCUGUAACUUCCGUUGAUCAGACCACUAACAUCUUUACCAAAUCUUAUCCAUCAGGCAAAUUUCAGGAAUUAGUUUCCAAACUUAAGUUGGUUUUUGUUCUACCACCUUAA